UCAAAUGUCUGGCGUGAACCUGCUCCUCAGUUGUUGGAUGAAGUUUGACCAGGUGGUGGCCGCUGGGCCUCCAGUGUUGACUGAGCACUGGGCUGGACCUCCGCCCCGGCGAGCGCCCGAGUCACGGCGUGGUGUCGGACCCUGUUCCACAUCAAUGACUGGAAACAAGCCUAACCCUUUGUGUACGUUUGUAAGAGCCAGUGCGACCCGACUGGAGGCUCCUUUUUAAGGUCUUCAAUCUUCGGAGUCGCUUUAAGUCAUCGAUUGAUGGACGCUCAAUGAAAACACGGCGGGAGAAAAGACAAGGCUGCAGUUACACCGCCGCGCCGCUGAGCGGCGUCGCUCGAAUUGGGUCGUAAUGACUCCGUUUUGUAUUUCCGCUUUACUGACGUCACCGACGAUGCAACUUGUCGUGAUGACUUGGGGAUAGCAGGAUUCGUGACCUCAGCGGAGCACCAGGACAGAGAGGGUCAUUUGGGGACCCGUGAGUCCGGUUUUAUCAGUGCGCCGAGGAAUCGUCGAAGAAGACGCGCAUGGCGCGGGGGCCGCCGGGAUUGUAGUCUGGAGGGCGGCAGAGAAGAUGGCUGCAGAGGCGUCCUCAGGCCCCUGACGGGCUUCUUCUUCGCUUGCUUGUGUCUGGCAGCGGCAGCAUGGGCUCGCAGACCCUCCAGAUCCUGAGGCAGGGGGUCUGGGCCUCGGUCACCGGCGGCUGGUACUACGACCCCGACCAGAGCACCUUCGUGAACGCGCUGCACCUCUACAUCUGGCUCUUCCUGCUCUGCUGCCCCUUCACCCUCUACAUGGUCCUGCCGCCCACCGUGGUGAUCGUGGGCAUCUACUGUGGUGUGAUCGCCGCCAUCUUCCUGCUGCUGAAGACACUCAACUACAGGCUCCACCACGCUCUGGACGAGGGUGAGGUGGUGGACCACCGGAGCAAGAGGAACCAGGCCGCCAGAGGGGGGUCGGACCUGACGGAGGACAGCAACGGCCCGGGGGAUCCUGGAGGAGGGAUGGAGAUGUCGGACUUCGUCCGGCAGGAGACUCCUCCGGUCGACUGCAGCUCCAGGAAUUCCUACAGUGGGGUGGACUCUCACCAGCAGGUGGGUGUCGCUCCGGAGCGCCCCCACAGGUCUGUAAGAAGCUCUGCUCCCGGGCAGGUCUCCAGCCAAGCCCGGGCUGCCGGGAGAGCGUCGGACGACAUGGGUGUGACGCUGGCGGAGAGCUGCAGUCAGGAUCACGAGCUGCUGUCGGACACCCAGAUGUUCUGCCUCCUUCCCAACCACUCCUUCGCCUCCCUGCAGCUCUCGGCGUCCCUGGGUCCGUCGGAAAUGUCCCGGGACUCGGCCGAGCUCUUCAACUACGCCGCGUACCGCGACCCGGACCUGACCCCCCACACUUCCUCCCAGUCCCAGACCUUCAGGAAGGAGCUCCGGACUCGGGGUUUGCCCCGGACGUCCAGCUCGGCCGGUUCGGCGUUCCCGGACCCGUGUCUGCCGGACUUUGCCCUCUUCCCUCCGCCCAGGCGAGGAGGCUUGGACCCGGUUCGGGAGAUGGAGAGCGCCAAGGCGCUUGGCCCCGGUGAGGCGUGCCUGGCCUCCACCUCAGGACUGGAGUGCUUCCGUCCCAGAGACUCGCAGCGCGUCGGCCGCUCGUCCUCUCGGGAAGCCGGGGAAGGCUGCUCCGGCCUGUACCGGGCGGAGGCGGGGCAGGGGAGGGGCGAGCGCAGCGCCGACAGUCUGAGGAGCCUCAGCAGCCGCAGCAGCGGCUCCACCGAGAGCUACUGCAGCGGCACGGACCGAGACACCAACAGCACCGUCAGCAGCUUCCACAGCGAGCAGACCAGCUCCACCCACGUGGAGAGCCUCCUGUCCCUGUCCGGGGACGAGCGCCAGAGACCCCCCGACCCCAAGACCCCCAGAGGUUUCCUGCCCUCCCGAGAGGCCAACAAGAACCCUCACGCCAACGAGCUGACGGCGGAGGAGCCCGAGUCCCGGUCCUCAGCGGAACCCCAGCGGACCCGGGCGGACGGCUGCUCCGUGGCGGGGGAUGGUCAGCCAAAGUCUGCCGGCUCGGUCCAGAGGGCCGCCUCCCUGUCGGCAGGCCGGAGCGGGCGCCGGCGCUCCAGCAAGAAGCGAGCCAGCAGCUUCGACGCCAGCCGCCAUCGGGACUACGUGUCCCUCCGGGCGGGCGGCGAGCAGGACCCGAGCGACCGCUCCAGUCUUCACUCUCGCCACCUCAGCACCGGCAGCUCGUCCAGCGUCAGCUCUCGGACCCGUCACCGGGCCCAGAAAGGCGGGUCCGAGACGGCGGCGCGCACCGGAGGGAGGCGGCGCAUCUCUCGUCGCACCCCCAGCACACACGCCCGGGUUCUGAGCCUGGACAGCGGCACGGCGGCCUGCCUCAAUGACCCGGCCCGGCUGGACGCUCCGAGCGGACCCAGAGCCCUCACCACCUCAAAGUCGGACCUGGAAGCCAAAGAAGGAGAGGUUCUGGACGCGGCCUCGCUCCUGGGCCGGGCCUCUCAGCUGGAGUCCGUGACUCGGUCCAGGAGCAGUCUCCCGAACCCGACGGCUCACAGCGAAGCGGACGCUGCCACGUUGCGUGCUCCGGCCAGCGAGGACACAGUGGUGUUCCGGCGUGAGCGUAGCACAUUCAGGCGGCAAGCGGUGCGGCGGCGCCACAACGCCGGCAGCAACCCGACUCCUCCCACUUCUCUCAUUGGAUCUCCUCUCAGUCUGCAGGAGGCCUUCAGCUCGGCCUCCCAACCUUUGACCUCUCAGGUGAGAAACCCGCCGUCCAGAACGCCGUCCCAGGUGACCGUGCUCAGCGCGAGCGCGUCCCUGCUGGUCAGGAACGGCAGCACGCAGCUGGACGGCGCUCAGGACAAGACGUCGGCCGCGGGGAGUCUGCAGGACGACUUUGGUAAGCUGACUCCGCCCCUCUACGAAGCGGCCGGCUGCGACCUGUCGCUGGUCAACUUUGAGCCUGCGACUCGGCGGGCCUCCAACAACGUCUGGGACGCGACCUCUCACCUCUCCAGCUCUACCUCAGUGCGCUGCUAUGCCAACGACAUUCUGCGUCUGAACCGCUUGAUCCGAAUGAACCCCGAGCUGCUGGAGCACCAGGACCCGGACCUGAGUCCCGACCUCCAGGAUGCCCCCCCGGGUCACGGGGACAGUGCGUCGUCUGCCGCCGCUAAAGUCAAGCAGCACUACCGUCUGUGGCUGCUGCCGUACCUCUGGGUCGGGCUGCGCUUCGACCGGCUCACGCUGCUGGCUCUGUUCGACAGGAACCGCGAGGUGCUGGAGAACGUGCUGGCCGUGGUUCUGGCGGUUCUGGUGGCCUUCCUGGGCUCGGUUCUGCUGCUUCAUGGCUUCUUCACAGACAUCUGGGUCUUUCAGUUCUGCCUGGUCAUCGCCAGCUGCCACUAUUCUCUCCUGAAGAGUGUCCAGCCCGACUCGUCGUCGCCGCGGCACGGUCACAACCGGAUCAUCGCCUACAGCCGCCCCGUCUACUUCUGCCUCUGCUGCGCCCUCAUCUGGCUGCUGCACCACGGCAGCCUCAGGUUGGGCGGCGCCCGCUUCUCGCUCUACGGCGUGGGCCUCAGCAGCUCGCUGGUCCUGGCCUCGGCGCGGGACCUGCUGCUCGUCUUCACGCUCUGCUUCCCCGUGGUCUUCUUCAUGGGCCUCCUGCCGCAGGUCAACACCUUCCUGCUCUACGCCCUGGAGCAGCUGGACGUCCACGUGUUUGGGGGCAACGCCUCCACCAGCCUGUCGGCGGCGCUCUACGCCGUCCUGCGCAGCGCGCUGGCUGUGGCGCUGCUCUACGGCUUCUGCUACGGAGCUCUGAAGGAGUCCUGGGAGCCGCACCACAUCCCCGUCCUGUUCUCCGUCUUCUGUGGCCUGCUGGUGGCGCUGUCGUACCACCUGAGCCGACAGAGCAGCGACCCCGCCGUGCUGCUCUCUCUGCUCCAGUCCAAACUUCUACCGGACCUGAAGGACAAAAACCCAGAGGACCCGCUGGCGGAGGUGCAGGACCCGCUGCCCGAGAAGCUCCGGGCCUCGCUGAACGAGCGCCUUCAGUCGGACCUGAUCGUCUGCGUUGUGAUGGCGGUUCUGUACUUCGCCAUCCACGUCAGCACCGUCUUCAUCGCCCUGCAGCCGUACCUCAGCGUGGUCCUCUACGCUCUGCUGGGCUCGGUGGGGCUGCUGACCCACUACCUGCUGCCGCAGCUGCGGAAGCAACUGCCCUGGUUCUGCUUCUCUCAGCCCCUGCUGAAGACCCGAGAGCACCACCAGUUCGAGGUCCGAGAUGCCGCUCACGUCAUGUGGUUCGAGAAGCUCCACCUCUGGCUGCUGCUCCUGGAGAAGAACGUCCUGUAUCCUUUGGUGGUCCUCAACGAGCUGAGCCGCGGCGCCGAGACCCUGGCCGGACCCAGAAAGCUGGACAGAGAGUGGGGCGCUCUGGUGAUGACGGUGGCGGCGCUGAAGCUGCUGCGCUCCUCCUUCAGCAGCCCCACCUUCCAGUACGUCACCUUCCUCUUCACCGUCCUCUUCUUCAGCUUCGACUGCCGCCACCUGUCGGAGACGCUGCUGCUGGACCUCUUCGUCAUGUCGGUGGUCUUCAGCAAGCUGUGGGAGCUCCUCUACAAGCUGCACUUCGUCUACACCUACAUCGCGCCCUGGCAGAUCACCUGGGGCUCCGCCUUCCACGCCUUCGCCCAGCCCUUCGCCGUCCCCCACUCGGCCAUGCUCUUGGUUCAGGCUCUGGUCUCAGCCGUCUUCUCCACGCCCCUCAACCCCUUCCUGGGCAGCGCCAUCUUCAUCACCUCCUACGUGCGGCCGGUCAAGUUCUGGGAGCGAGACUACAACACCAAGAGAGUGGACCACUCCAACACCCGACUGGCCUCCCAGCUGGACAGGAACCCAGGCUCGGACGACAACAACCUCAACUCCAUCUUCUACGAGCACCUGACCCGCUCCCUGCAGCGCAGCCUGUGUGGCGACCUGCUGCUGGGCCGCUGGGGCAACGUCGGCACCGGCGACUGCUUCAUCCUGGCCUCGGACUACCUCAACGCCCUGGUCCACCUGGUGGAGAUGGGGAACGGUCUGGUCACCUUCCAGCUGCGGGGUCUGGAGUUCAGAGGUACCUACUGCCAGCAGCGCGAGGUGGAGGCCAUCACGGAGGGCGUGGAGGAGGACGAGGGCUGCUGCUGCUGCGAGCCCGGCCACCUGCCCCACUUCCUGUCCUUCAACGCCGCCUUCGGCCAGCGCUGGCUGGCGUGGGAGGUCCUGGUCACCAAGUACGUGCUGGAGGGCUACAGCAUCACGGACAACAGCGCCGCCUCCAUGCUGCAGGUCUUCGACCUGCGGCGCGUCCUCACCAACUACUACGUCAAGGGGAUGGUCUACUACGUGGUGGCCUCGCCCAGGCUGGAGGACUGGCUGGCCAACGAGACCAUGAGGGAGGGGCUGCGGGCCUGCAGCCAGAGGAACUACGUGGACCUGGACCCCACCUUCAACCCCAACGUGGACGAGGACUACGACCACCGGCUGGCCGGCGUCUCCCGCGACAGCUUCUGUGGCGUCUACCUGGCCUGGAUCCAGUACUGCAACUCCCAGCGGGCUCAGCCGCUGGACUGCGGCAGAGACUCGGCUCUGGUGCUGCUGUGCUUCGGCCUGUGUGUCCUGGGCCGCCGGGCGCUGGGCACCGCUGCUCACCACAUGUCCAGCAACCUGGAGUCCUUCCUCUACGGCCUCCACGCCUUGUUCAAGGGAGACUUCCGCAUCUCCUCGGUGCGGGACGAGUGGAUCUUCGCUGACAUGGAGCUGCUGCGGAAGGUGGUGGUACCAGGAAUCCGAAUGUCCCUCAAACUCCACCAGGACCACUUCACGUCGCCGGACGAGUACGAGGAGCCGGCGGUUCUGUUCCGGGCCAUCUCGUCCUACCAGCAGAGCCUGGUGAUCGCUCACGAGGGCGACCCGGCCUGGAGGAGCGCCGUUCUGUCCGACGCCCCGUCGCUGCUGGCGCUGCGCCACGUGCUGGACGAGGGAACCAACGAGUACAAGAUCAUCACGCUCAACCGCCGCUACCUCAGCUUCCGGGUCAUCAAGGUCAACAAGGAGUGCGUGCGCGGCCUGUGGGCGGGUCAGCAGCAGGAGCUGGUCUUCCUCAGGAACAGGAACCCGGAGCGCGGCAGCAUCCAGAACGCCAAGCAGGCGCUGCGCAACAUGAUCAACUCCUCGUGUGACCAGCCCAUCGGGUACCCCAUCUACGUCUCGCCGCUGACCACCUCCUUCUGCAACACGCACGCGCAGCUGCGCCGCCUGCUGGGGGCGCCCAUCAGCCUCGGCAACAUCCGGAACUUGGCGGUCCACACGUGGCACAGGUUGCGGAUCGGCUGCGGCGCCGGCUGUAACAGCGGCGGGAACAUGGAGGACUGCGACGGCGGCGCCCUGUCCAGCGGGACGGGCGGCGACUCCCAGCAGAGUUCGGUGUCUCACGGAACCCUGGGCGCGGCGGCGCCUCCCCCGCCGCACCCCCUGGGAACCAGCCGCAGCUCCCAGUCGGUGCGGUCCGGCCUGGUGCGCCACUCUCCCGCGCGCGCCUCCGUGGCCAGCCAGUCCUCGUCGCAGCGCUACGCCGGCAGCCGCCACUCGUCUCUGCGGACCUCGGCCACGGGCCUGGAGCCGUGCCGGCGCUCCUCCAGCAGCCAGCUGUCGCUGCGCACGCUGCCCACCUCCCUGCAGCUGCGGCUGGUGGGGCUGCUGGGGAGCGACGCCGACCCGCUGAGCCAGCAGCACAACCCUGCGGUGGGCACCGUGCGCCGGGACGACAUCUCCUACAGAGUUCAGAUCGUGGACGUGGGCCAGGUUCUGGAGAACAUCAACUCGUCCAAGAGGAAGGAGCUUCAGUGGCCGGACGAGACGCUGAGGCUGAGGGCCGGACGCACCUGCUGGAGGGAGUGGAGCCCCCUGAAGGGCAUGGAAGGACACGUGAUUCACCGGUGGGUGCCUUGCAGCCGAGACCCGGCGUCUCGCUCUCAUAUCGACAGGACCAUCCUGCUGGUUCAGGUGGACGACAAGCUGGUGCCGGUGGUGGAGACCGGCGUCAUCGAGCUGGGGGCGGAGGUCUGAGGCCUCCUGCGGUGCCCCCUGGUGUUGCCGCGCGGCACUGCAGUCCCUAGUUUCUAUGCAUUUCCCCGAGCGAUUGCGAUUCUCCGUCUGUCGUUUCUUCGUUUGCCAAAAAGCUCAGUGCAGAGCGUCGUCGCAGCCGCUGGCGUUGGUUCGUGCGGCGUCCCGACGAGUUGCACUCUUUCACAUGCUGCACUACCAUCUUUAUUUAUUAUGGACUCGUUGCCUUGGAAAUAGAAACAAUGCAAUCUCUUGUUUUGUGUUUGAUAAACUUGAAGAGUUUUUACUGUAACGGUAUAUUUACACAAAACCGUACAAAAGACCUGUUUGGACAUCUAAGACUGUUUACACCUUCUGUUUAUUUAUCUUCUUUUCUAGACUGAAAAUAAACUCCAUCUGUUGC